AUGGCACACUGGACCAAAUUCGAGAAGGAAACCGAUGCUGAGGCGAGGAAACUUAUUAAACACUUCAGCGGAAUAGAGGACGAAGAGGAUCCGAACUUUCAGACGGCUCUUAAAUUCGUAUGGUCCAAUUUCAGGUUCCAUCGCUUCCUCGAUGUUAAUAGUCACAAGGUGUUGCGCUCGAUUGAUGGCAUCCAUGAGAAGUUAAUGAUACAUUCAGACCUAAGCAAAGCUGAAAGCUGGAGAAGGCUGACCGAUGAAUUCCUAAACUUACCUCUGCCAAACACUGAGGGUACCAAGACUGAUGCGCAUUAUGGUAUUCUGGCCUUGAUGCUUUUCCUCUCUGACUCUCCAUCAAACACAACCUACAUUGAAAAGCCCAGACUGAAGGAGCCAGAGAAAGAGGACACGUUUGACUGGGCUAAGUACUUAAUGGAAGGGGAGGACAUAGAUACUGGACCUUUUCCAGAUACUCCGGAAUGGUCUGAGGAAGAGAGCGAGGAGGAGGACAGUCAACAACCUAUCAGCAGAGAGGAUUCUGGGAUACAACUAGACAAAACUCCCCAGGAGGAACAGGAGCAGAGCAAUAAGUCCGUCCCACUCACCUGGACAGUAGGAGAGCCUGAUGCUCGGACGUGGUUGGAGCAACACGUGGUAGCUCCAUACUGGGUCCCUCACUCGUCCCGCUUUCCCCACAGCCUGCACCUCCACUCCAACCUCCUGAAUGUCUGGGAUCAACACCUCUACAACACGGAUCCUCUGUACUUCCCCGAGGAGAAAGCUUUUGUCACUGAAACCCAAGUCAUACGCGAGACUCUGUGGCUUCUCUCUGGGGUAAAGAAACUUUUCAUCUUUCAGCAUCAUGAAGGAAAAGUGACGGUCAGGAAUGACGUGGUCGUUACCCAUCUGACUAAUAACUGCCUGCGGUCGGUAUUAGAGCACAUCGCGUCGUACGGCCAGGCCGUGUUCAGGCUUCAGCGGUUUAUAGAUGAAGUUACUGGUUACAGCGCGGAGCCCAGUCUCCCCAGUCUCAGCACUUCGUCAGCGCCGUGUAAGAAAGGCUCCGAGCCUCCCUUCAGGACCUACCAGGCCUUUGUGUGGGCCCUCUACAAGUACUUCAGCACCUUCAAAGAGGAACUCACCUCCAUAGAGAAAGACCUGAUAGGCAAAGAUGAAACGGUGACCCUGUCUAUGGUUCUGGACCGGCUCACUCCCCAUCUGGCCCAGAUUAAGGUCCUACACAGGGUGUUCUGCACAGGGGUGGCUGACGUCCCACCAGGCACACCUAACGUUCUGCGAGCGUCUCACUUACUCAACACACUCUACAAAGCCAUCAUAGAGUACGACAAUGUCGGAGAGGCAUCUGAACAGGCCGUGGCGCUGCUCUUCUCUUUGUGGGUAGAGACGGUGCGACCGUAUUUGGAGAUAGUGGACGAAUGGAUAGUUCACGGGCAUCUCUUUGACCCGGCCAAAGAGUUUAUCAUUCAAAGAAACAAAGAUGUGCCGGUGAACCACAGGGAUUUCUGGUACGCCACCUACACUCUGUACAGUGUGUCUGAGGCCGUGGAGGGCGAGGAGAAGCUGAGCGAUGCUGCCAGCGGUAGCUCAGGGGGAGAGCAGGCGGCCAGCAGGGGGCAGCACACUAUGGUGUCCUUCCUCAAACCUGUACUGAAACAGAUCAUUAUGGCUGGCAAGUCCAUGCAGCUACUGAAGAAUCUGAACCACAAAGAGGCAGAACAGAAUGACCAGUCUGCCAGAGAUGCUGAGAGAAAGAGUCUCUACACUCUUUUCCUGGAGUCUGUGCAGUCGCGUCUGCGUCGUGGGGAGGACUCCCCUGGAGAUGCGGUGUCGGAGCAGCACGCCACUAAGCGCAGUCUGAUUAAGAUGCAGUCUAUAGUGACUAGACAUCUGGAACAGCAUGACAUCCACGACCCUCUGUUGGCCAUUAACUUCGCCAGGCUGUAUUUGGAGCAGAACGACUUCCACGAGAAGUUCUGUGGAGUCGACAUGAUGCUGGAUCGCUCGUCUGAGUCGGUGACGUGUCAGACGUUUGAGCUGACAUUACGCUCCUGCCUGUACCCUCACAUCCAGCGCAGAUACGUCGAGUGCUGCGGCAACCUCAUGACCACUCUAAAAAAAGACUACAGACUGCUGGGUUAUCUGCAGGCCAUGAGGAACUACUUCUUGUUAGAGGCAGGAGACACUAUGUAUGAUUUUUACACGGCCAUCUUUGACAAGGUUCUGGAGAAGGAGAGCUGGCAGCAGCUGUCUUUUCUCAACGUACAGCUACAGGAGGCUGUGGGACAGCGCCACCCUGAGGACAGCAGCAGGUUAUCCAUAUUUCUGGAGACCCUUGACCCUGCGAGGAAAAAGCAGCCUAUUAAUAAUCUGGAUGGCUUAACUCUGAGCUAUAAGGUGCCGUGGCCUGUGGAUAUCGUGAUCAGCUCUGAGUGUCAGAAGAUCUAUAGCCAAGUCUUUCUGCUCCUGCUGCAAAUCAAAUGGGCCAAGUACAGCUUAGACACUCUGCGUUUCAGUGAUUUAACGGUAGCUGCCCAAAAACAUGAAGGAGGAAUACCUGAGGACAAUACAGCGAACAGAGAGCCAAUCAGGCAGCAGAUCCACCGAAUGUUCCUCCUCAGAGUCAAACUAAUGCACUUCGUCAACAGUUUACACAAUUACAUCAUGACAAGGAUCCUACACAGCACUGGUCUGGAGUUUCAGCAUCAGGUUCAGGAGGCCAAAGAUCUGGACCAAUUAAUUAAGAUUCACUACAGAUACUUAUCCACCAUCCACGACCGCUGUCUGCUCAGAGAAAAGGUCAGUUUUGUUAAAGAGGCCAUUAUGAAGGUUCUCAAUCUAGUUCUCAUCUUCUCUGACCGAUGGCAGGCUGGUAUUGGAGCUUGGAAGAUUGAGUCCAUUGACAAGAUGGAGUCUGACUUCAAGAACUGUCACAUGUUUUUGGUGACCAUUUUGAACAAGGCUGUAUGUAGGGGAUCUUUCCCACACUUGGAGUCCCUGGCUUUGUCUCUAAUGGCUGGAUUUGAACAGUGUUAG